AUGGAUGAUUCGGGGGAAUAUGGUGGAUCCCAGGAAGAUGACAUGGCACAAGACAAUAGGGAAGAUACAACUGUAGAAGAGCAGGAGAAUGCAGUAACCUCUGACCUGUUGCCUGAUGAACAGGAAUUUCUCAGGCUGUUCAGAGCUGUUUGGGAUCCAGGAGGGAAUAGGAAAGAAGACCAAUCGGGAUUUCAUCAUCCCGUAACCAGGAUAGUCUCAUCAACAUCGGGGCAUUCUGAGUCUCGAGAGCCUAUUUCUGGAGAGAUGUACUCACUGUUCUCUGACCAAGGACGCAACUUUGACGGUAAAUUGUUCCAGGCAGUAUGCGAAGCUCUAGAUAUACACAAAACAAGGACAACUCCCUAUAGACCUUCAGCAAAUGGACAAGUAGAACGUUAUAACCGUACUUUAAUGGAGGCUGUUCGCUGCUAUAUAGGCAAGAACCAAAUUACAUGGGACAAAAGCAUUCAGCAGAUAGCGGGUGCACUCAGGGCUUCUGUGAACAAAAGCAUCGAUUUUACUGCCAAUGUGUUGAUGUUGACAACCAGGAAGAGUACGUGUCCAGACUAA